ACCGCAUUCCCGUCCCGGCUCCUCCCGCCUGCAGCUGCAGUGACGGGCGAGCCGGGCCCGGUGGCGGAGAGGACGUGCGGGCCGCCGCGCCGAGCCCGUCCCAGCCGAGGCCGGCUCCCCGGGCGGCUCGGGUGACAGCGUCGCGGCCGCCGGGCGCAGCGCGGGACACGCGCCGGGCACAGCCGAGCGCCGGGCGGACGCUUCAGCCCAGACGCGGCGAAGAUGGCUGAUGACUUCGGCUUCUUCUCGUCGUCGGAGAGCGGGGCCCCCGAGGCGGCCGAGGAGGACCCGGCGGCCGCCUUCCUGGCCCAGCAGGAGAGCGAGAUCGCGGGCAUAGAGAACGACGAGGGCUUCGGGGCACCCGCCGGCAGCCAUGCGGCCCUCGCGCAGCCGGGACCCGCGAGCGGGGCUGGUUCUGAGGAUAUGGGGACCACGAUCAAUGGAGAUGUGUUUCAGGAGGCUAACGGUCCAGCGGAUGGCUAUGCGGCCAUUGCCCAGGCCGACAGACUGACUCAGGAACCUGAGAGCAUCCGCAAGUGGAGAGAGGAACAGAGGAAACGGCUGCAGGAGCUGGAUGCUGCCUCCAAGGUGACAGAACAGGAGUGGCGGGAAAAAGCCAAGAAGGACCUGGAGGAGUGGAACCAGCGUCAGAGUGAACAAGUUGAGAAGAACAAGAUCAAUAACCGGAUCGCUGACAAAGCAUUCUACCAGCAGCCAGAUGCUGAUAUCAUCGGCUAUGUGGCAUCUGAGGAGGCUUUCGUGAAGGAAUCCAAGGAGGAGACCCCCGGCACAGAGUGGGAGAAAGUGGCUCAGCUGUGUGACUUCAACCCCAAGAGCAGCAAGCAGUGCAAAGAUGUGUCCCGCCUGCGCUCGGUGCUCAUGUCCCUGAAGCAGACGCCACUGUCCCGCUAGGUGCCUGUCACAAGCAUGGCCACAAAGCAUGGGUUGGGCCUGAGCACAGGAGGAGCAGCUGCUUUGGCCAUGGGGGCGUUGGUGGAUACAGCACCUCCAGCAGCUGCUACAUGCAGCCUACUCUGUUCCUCCCCAUCUUCUGGGGCUGGGAAGGGGAACCCUCCCCCUCUCACCUCAUUCCCUCCUAGCCCUGUGGCCCAGCCCCUGACACCUCCUCUCAGUCCACAAAAUUGUGACUGUCCCUCCUGAUGUAUUUUUUUUUCUUGGCUUAAAGGGUGUGUUGUUAACUCUU